UAGUUGUGUCUAAGCCUCUGUCUUAGGUAGUUGCCAGAGUCGGAAAAACAUUGAAUGAAAUAAGAAUAAAUUAAAUUAAAUGGCUUCUAUUCCAGAAAUCCAAGAGCAUGGCGGCAUCAUGCUUAACCCCACAACCUCUAAAGAGCCUCAAAACGUCAGCACCCAAAACGAUAGCCAAACCGCCUUAGAAAUUCCUUCGGAGGCUCCUCGAAGAUAUAUGGAAGGAUGGAGAUUAUAUGCCAUGAUAUCCGCCUUAUGCCUAUCUCUAUUUCUAUCAACUCUAGAAACGACAAUAGUCAGUACAUCGCUUAUCUCCAUUACAAAUGCCUUGGGCAACUUUGAGCAGAGAGAUUGGGUGGUCACCUCCUAUCUUAUUACGUAUACGGGCUUUCUAGUCAUAUAUGCCAAGUUCAGUGAUAUACUGGGACGGAAAUUGUUGAUAUUGGUUGCAAUAGCCUUCUUCACCGUUUUCUCGAUCGUCUGCGGCUCAAUAUCAGAUAUGACUCAGUUGAUUGUUUUCCGGGCUCUACAAGGGAUCGGCGGCUCUGGGAUCUAUGCAAUGGUAACAUGUAUCCAGCCCGAGCUCGUCCCCCCUGAGAAAUGGGGUAAUAUCAUUGCGGUCGUCUCCCUGGUUUCCGUCCUCAGUUCCGUCCUUGGUCCUAUACUCGGCGGUGCAAUCAACAACAAUUCUUCGUGGCGAUGGGUCUUCCUUUUGAAUGCCCCGGCUGGAGCAGUGGCAAUUGGUCUGAUUGCCUUCGUCAUGCCCGCUCACUUUCCGAAUAUCGACGGUUCAACAGGCUUGAUAGGCUUUUACAGCAAGAUAUCGCGAGCAUCGCUUCGUCGACUUGAUGUUAUUGGAGCUGUGUUGCUACUGUUUUCGUCCGCCUUGAUUGUCUUCGCUUUCGAAGAAGCAGGGUCUCGAUACAGCUGGCAAAGCCCGGCGAUCCUAAGCGCCUUGAUCGUCGGCUGUGUCCUAUUCAUCGGAUUUAUCGGAUGGGAAAAGGUCGCGGACCGACCGAGAGCUCGUCAAGAACCCAUUUUCCCUCUUCGAUUAAUGAAGAGCCGCUUUCUUAGCGCUCUUAUCAUAAUCGCCUUUUGCACGGGGCCUCCCUUCAUGACCGCGAUAAUCAACCUUCCGCAACGCUUUCAAGCAGUCGAUGGGCUCAGCCCGUUUGAAGCUGGUACACACCUUCUACCCCUCCUACUCGCCUCCCCCGUUGCUACAAUCGUCGCUGGGCAACUUGCAACGAAGUUAAAAGUGCCCCCUUUUUAUAUCCUUCUCUUCGGAGCAUCUAUGCAGCUAUUAGGAAUUGGACUCGCGAGUUCAGUUCAGUUUAAAAGCGGCAACGCCAUGUAUGGAUAUGAGGUAAUAAUGGGCUUUGGGUUUGGAAUGGGCCUCGUUUCUUUGCUGGUAUAUACGCCAAUGGUGGUAACACGGUCUGAUAUGGCUGUUGCCAUGGGAGCAAUUACACAGAUACGAGUCCUUGGUGGGACAAUCGGAUUGGCCAUCAGCUCAACAGUCCUCAACAACCAUCUGACCGCUGCUCUGCCUGCCCUUCUUAGCCCAGCAGAUAUUAAGCAAAUCUCAGAAUCUGUCCAAUAUAUCAAUACACUGCCAGACGCAACCCGCGAGGCAGUACGCCAAGUUUUCGCUGAUGGUUUCAACACUCAGCUAAGAGUUAUGAUGUAUUUUAGUGUGGCUGUUUGGGUCUUCGCAGCGUCACUUUGGGAGCGUAAGUUGAGAAGUGCUGCCAAUGUCGAGGGCUAUUGAUUCCUUUCUUGAAGGAUACUCCCCUAAUAAUAACUUGCACGAUAUUCUCUUCAUUUGAUUAUAAGCUUCGGAUGUUCCUUCGAACUGAUUAAUAUAUCCUCCUCUAACGAGAAGAUUUCCCAUUAGGAAAUUAAA